AUGACCGGUAGUGUUGAACAGGCGGAAGUAGGUUCGAGCGGCGCCAACCGUGUCGAUGCAAAGGCAGCCACCCCCAUCAAGUUCAUGUCGCCGACCUCGGAGAGCAGCGGCGGCACUCUAAAUGAGGAUGGAAGCUCUGAGAUUCGCUCCGACGGAGAAGUCGCAAACUCUCUCAGCAGCCCUUUCAGCCCUGAGAGCCUUGACUUCGACAACUUGAGCAUCGGUGAUGCGAGUCAACCCAAGCCCACGGAGGUUGGACGCUACACUGCACCUUUUCAGCGAGGUUUCAAGAACUACAACGACUCCAGUCGCUUCAAUCACCCCACUCCUGACUUUGCCCGGAGAGACGGUGGCUUUCGCACUGGAAGUCCCUUCAGUGCUGGUCGUGGUGGAGGUGCCAAUUUCCGGAACUCUCGCACAUGGAUGUCAGCGGAUGCUCAAGCCAUGCAGGAGUUCAUGGUCAUUCGGAACGCGAUGCGUCGCCAAUUCAAAAACUCGGAGGUUUCGAAGUGGAAGUACAACGACUACAUUGCCCACCGCGAAGCUAUGCUUGCUUCUCAGGCCAACCUACUCGCAAACAAGGUCAAGGCGAAGGAGGACGCUCUGCGCAUACCCCCUAUCCCCUUCGACACUCAGCAGAACCUCAACAAAUGGGGGUUGUAUGGCAACUUCGACGAGGUUACCAACCUGAGUCGUGUCCUCGGAGAACACACGAUCUGGUGCCGUGACUGGAAGAAUGGCAAGGACGAUAUUGCACCCUGGCCUUCUAUUGCUGAGCUCAAGUGGGAGGGCGAUGAUCGAGCCAAGACCGGUGUUGGGCGCUACCCACCUCUUCCGCGCGAGCAAGGCCCCCCUGGUCUGCCAUGGAACCAGCUUCCUUGCGUCGAACAGUACCCCAUCGAUCAGGUUGCCCGCAUUCCGACCAUGGAAGAUGUCUACCUCCCUGUCGAUGACCAGAUCGAGGAGGAGAAGCUAUAUCUUUGGAGUCAAGAUCUUGAAGAGGCCAUGGACGCCUUCUUGGACUCAUAG